AUCUAUAUCAAUGGGUUUAUUUUAUGUUUUAAAUGAGCAACAUUGUUGUGUACAUUGCUGUGUAUACACACCUUGUACAUGUGAAAUGUAAAACAUAAGCCUCAACCUAGUUAUCAUUUUUAACAUUUUCAACGACUAUGAAAUAUCCAACCAAAUUAGAAAUGUUACUUAUGUGACAGUUAGGAAUGCUGGAGCAAUAAGGGUAACAGUCUUUGUCAAAGACCCAAUGAGAUAGACUUUUACAAUGUAAGCUCAGGGAUUCAAUACAGCAACCUUUCAGUUAGUGUCCCCAUGCUCUUUCUUGUUACCUGCAAACUUAUUGCUUUAAACCAUAAUUUUCUGUUUCAUUCAUAGUUAAACCAAGCAUCCGACUGGUUAAUGGGACAGACCUCUGCUCUGGGAGGGUGGAGGUCUAUCAAGCUGGCCAGUGGAAAAAUGUGUGUGGAGACACAUGGAACCUGCAAUAUGUUAACGUUGUGUGUAGACAGCUGGGUUGUGGAAAAGCGCUGUGGGCCCCAGAGAAGGCCUACUUUGGUCAGGGCAGUGGGCGCUCUAUCACUCAGUGCUCACGCACAGCACAAAGAACGCAUGAAUGUGGUCAUGGUAACGACGCUGGUGUUGUUUGUUCAGGUUUGGUCUUGCAGAAGCCUUACCUCUCCAUAGACCCGUCCUAUUCUGACAUCUUACAUGGAGAGCAGGUCCAACUCACCUGCAAUCUCCCAACCCUCAUCCCAUGUAAUGCUGUAGAAUUCAUCUUCAACCUGAAUGGAGACUCUGUCAUGAAUGUAACUGUUGGAUCCUCACAGUCCAGAGUUAUGUUAACCCAGUUUAAAAUGGAUGCUUCACAUCAGGGCAGAUACAGCUGUCUCUACAGAACCACCUCUAAUGGCCAGGCCGUCAGCUCUCCUUACAGUAACUCAACUGAAGUGGUCCUUCUACAUCCAAAAAUCUCCCUCAGUGUUUCAAAUGUUUCGAUGUUCUGGGGAUCUAAGGGGCCAAAGGUCACCAGGGGCCACAGCUUCUCCAUCACCUGCUCCAUUCAGCCACGGUAUCCUGGAGGUCUCUUCCAUCUGGACUUCUCUGGCUCCAACAGGACUGAGACUAAGCCAGCAGUCAACCACUCUGCCUCCUUUCACUUCCCUUUUGCAGAGUAUAAACAUGAGGGGAACUACAGAUGUAGCUAUGAAGUCAACUUUUCCACUUGGGCAUUAGGGUCAGCUAAAAGUAAUCUGACCGUCACCAUUAGAGCAUCCAUGGUCCCCUUCAUUGCCUCUGGAGGGACUGGUGGGCUGGUACUGCUGUCACUGUUUCUGGUUGUCCUCUAUCUAGUCAGGAAGAGGACAAGGGGGAGCAGGAAUCCAUCUACAGAGACAAACCAGAGAGAAUGUAUCAAUAACAGAUACGACAGAGGCCGAGAAGAAGGAGACUAUGUGAAUGUUGAAAAUGUCCUUUACCAGAGAGGCCCUGAAAAAGUGAAUUGUGGUGUUAAAGGAGUUCUACCUGGGUUUCGUGUUACUACAAACAGUUAUGAUGAGGAAGAUGAUCAUGAUUACAUUAAUGUCUCCAUUCAGGACAUUGCUCAUGACAUGAAUGAGGACAUUUAUGAAAACUGUUAG